GAAGCAAUAUCACUUUGGAACAAUGUGGUACAAAGUCAGAACAAUCUGGAACAACUUUCAAAAUUAUAAAUUUCAAAAAGUGGGGUGCCAACUUCAUACACUCCUUGUGGUGCGGUGCUGACUCCAACUUUUAAAAAUUAAAAAAAAGUAAUUAGAGGCCGAAACUCUCGUUGCAAUAUAUCAAGAACUAUUGAACUCUUCAAUAACUAUGAAUCAUCGAUGGAACGGCGUUUUUUGGAAUUUGAGGUGCCACUCGAAGUUGAGACCGCAUUUUUUCAAAAAUCGAUUUUUUGCCCUAAAUAAACGGAACUGUUGAUAUGACUUAUCAGGAACUGUAAAACUAUUGGGGUGAAAAUGGAACUUGCCUCAAAACUUACGGUGCCAAAAGUUGAGGUGCCAACUUCGCAGACACAUGCGUCAAUGCGUAUUUAAAAUAAUAUUUUGACAUAUCGUCUUUGCCUCGUGUAUUCCUCUAUAUACAUAAAACCGAGAAUGGCAAUAAUAAUGUGGUUUACAUUUUUAUUUCCUUCUGAGUUAUAGAGCGCUUUUUUUAUCGGAGUUUAUCAUCCACUUUGGCAACUUUUUUCUAUAUUGCUAAACAAAAGUUACUAAACAAAAGUGAAACUUAACGUUUUGUCAAUUUGGGACAGAUAUACCGAGCUGCGGGUAUGACGGUAGUGCGUAAUGUAGGACGAAAUACAUUAUAAAGUCAAAAUAGUAAAUAUCUCGUUGCAAUGUUUCUUAUGCAUCUCAAAUGACUGUGAGCAAUUCGUGAACCCGUAGUAUUUUUUAAUUGACGAAGAAUACUAUUUCUAGACAUGUUCUGAUUUGAUGAAUGACGCGAGUGUCGUCGAUUUGUUCUUACAUAAGACAAAUAUUAUCGUAACUAAAUAUAACAUUUAUUUAACUAAACAUAAAUAAUGUUUAGGAGGCGACGACGCAACGCGAAGUAAUUUUGUCGUCGCGUUAUUAUCGCCUGCUCUUGCGAAAAGAUCUCACUGCAAAGCGCACAUUUGUUCCGUUUCACCGUGUCGAUAUACACCGCUGACCAACAAGCGUGAACGAUGCUAGCGAGUUACGUAAAGCGAAGGACACGAGUUUCGAUGUUCCCUAUCGAUAUAGACUUCCGAUGUUUAUUUAGUUAUAUUGUUGUUUGUGACACCGUGGGAAAAAAAAUCUCCUAAGGGACUAUAGACUGUUUAAAUAACAAGCAAAAGAAAGAUUUCCUUUAUUUUCAUCAUUUUUUUUAAAUAAUAUUUUAUUAAAGUGCAAGCACGAUUAGGAUAGUAAUAAGUUCACUUCGCGAUGCAAAAUGCGAGUAUUAUUUAUUGUUUCAAAUAAAAUCUGCCGAAACCUGCUGUAGAUGCGUUGAAAAAUUAGGGGAGACCAGUGUUAGUUGAUUACCUAGCUAAGUUGGCAAAAUCGAUUAUUUCUACUGUUCUUUAACAGACUUCAGAAUUAAGCAAGCAGGAAUUUCAAAAUCAUCUUUGACAUGUUUAAAAAUUUUGCUUGCUUAAUUUUGUAAUUUGUUAGAAAAUAGUCGAAAUAAUUGGUUUUCCCAACUCACUCCGGUAACCAACUAGGUCUUCCUUAUCCUGCAUCAUAUUUUAAUCGAGUAUAUCGUAACUAUCAUAGGUUUUGGUGCAAAUGGAAUUUAUUUUAUUAGUCAUGUGGAAACUCAUUUAUCUCGGUGAUCGCUCGGAACGGGAUCUACAUCAGCAUAAGUAUAUAUUUCUCGCUUGAAAAUUUAUUCAUACGAGUGUAUUGUCUCUGCGUGCAUCCAAAUAAUGGAUAUUAUAUCUUUAGUAGUAUUAGAGCAGCGAGCGAAUUUGCGUUUCGAAUAUGCGAUAGGUAUUUGUUUUGUGGCUCGUAUCCGACACUUCGUCAUCGCAUCACCGUGUUGAUAACGACGACGGCGAAGGCCGAAUUUAUGUCACCGGCCGGCAAACGUGCAAUCAGACAGCGUAGAGCUUCAACACACGAGGUAAUCGUUUGCCGACCUCGCCAUCGUUCUUUUUUUAUUUCACGACAACGCAGGUGAAUGGAUGGAUGCGCGCACCGGUAUUUUCCCAGGCGCAUCCGAUCGUCCGUUCGAUCAGGUGGGCGGAUGGCGCGACCGGGGACAGGCCCCUCUGCUCUUUCAAGUUGUAUGCGUCGUCGCGGCUCGGCAGACGAUCGCUUUUCAUUUCGUUGCGGAUCUGCCUCGCGAUCGGUCAGUGGGACGGCGGCCUCGUCGCGAUCUCGCAUUCCGCGUUCGCUCUCGCGCAGGAACAAACUCGACAUUUGUUGAGAGUGAAUCGCCAACGUAAUAACUAAAUGAUGUCGAGAAUCACGUGAAGAGCUCUGAAGUCGCGGCCACACACCGAUCCUCGGUUUAACCAGUCGGCGAUGCGCGUCGAGUGCCAGCCGAGUGUGAUAAUCGUUACGAGAGAAAUGAUGAACGACGGCACGACGUUUGCGUAAUAGCGUAAAUCAUUGGCGCGAGGCAGGGAAUGUCGUCGCGGAAUUGAUAGCAUUAAUCGGGAAAUUCCUGAAGAGAGAGAGCAAGUUUCUCACAAUCGACUUUGUUCUGUCGCAUUUGACAGUGUUGAAUGACAAUGACGACGAUGAUACGUUUUGCUGGCACGAUUUUCACCUGCUGCCUCAUUAUGAGUGCAGGUUGGUCCUACGAUUGUCAGGAUCAAAAUACAGGGUGGGAGAAAGUUACAGGAGCCAAGCCAGCAAACGCUUUUGAAAGUCUAUUAUAUAGAAACGGUGCCAAAGGAAACAACGGUAUCGUCGCGCCCUGUUUCGACAGGUGUAAAACUCAGAAUUGCACAGCGUUUGUGAUCGACUUUUCGAGAAACAUUUGUUAUAGUGUGCAAGUGAAAAGCGAGGAACUAGUUCCCGAAUCAAAUGCUACUUUCUUCCACAAGAUCUGUAUUCGAGUCCCUCCCAGUUGCAAACGGCAGAGAUUGUGGCAAGUGGAGAGAACUUUAGGAGCUAUUUUGAAAGAUGGACACGCCAACAUGUAUCACGAAUCAUUCUUACGGAGAAGCCAAUGUUACGAGAAGUGUCUGCAAGCGGGCGACGAGUGUGGGUCCGCGCAAUUCCGUACGAGUCAGCCUUUGUCGAUCGACGAUACCAUCGGCACGUGUUCGUUAUCGAGGCUCGAGAGAGGUACUAGACCGCAAGCCUACCGAUCGUCGAUGUAUCGGGAUGAAUAUCUGCAAUAUCAGUGCCAUAACAUAUCGAAGAGGAGCUAUUGUUCCUACGCGGAAUUUCGGAACGUAUCAUUGCCAUAUUCGGACGUAGCGCUACCGGGACUCGACGCCAAACGGUGCGAGGAGAGAUGCGAUCUCGGUGAGGACGGUUUCAUCUGCAGGGCUUACACCGUUGAUUAUAACGAGGAAAAAGUGCUCUGUCUGCUACACUCCGACGACACAAUCGCUCUCGGAGUCAGUUCACUGAUUCCCAUGCCUAACGUCGUCUACAAGGAACGAGAAACCUGCCUGGAUCUGAAAGUGCAAUGCGGCGAAUUGGUCAUGACUGUGACGCUGACUACUACUGAACCCUUCGAGGGACGGAUGUAUGUGAGUGGACAUGCGGAGACCUGCGGUGUUCAUGGUGUCGGGAAAAACGUGACCGUACUGAAACUACCACUGCCGAAGAAGGAACUCGUUGGCAAGUCCAACAUCAUGUGCGGUCUCACACCCGCUUUCUCAAUCGAUAAUCAAAACAGAACGCAUACGCUGGUAUGGGCCAUCAUUGUGAUACAGUACAAUCCGAUCAUUCAACGAUUAGGAGAUCAGUCAGUGAAAGUUGGGUGUUCGUUAGACGAUCGCGAUCUGCCAGAACCGAGAAACGUAUCCGUUCAUUCGAGUUUUACUUUCUUGGAUCCCAACGCAGGCGUACCGCCGGUUGUGUCAACCGUGGUGAACGCGUCGUCGGAAGUGCCGCUGGUAACAAUGAGGAUCCUUAACGAAGAAAAUAUGGACGCGAUCGUCACCCAGUUGGGGCAGAAACUAACGCUCAGAAUACAGAUACAACCUGCAGACGCAGGUCCUUACGAUAUCAUGGCCGGACAUCUUGUCGCUAGUAGCGCGUCUGGGGAUUCUUCAUAUCUUCUUCUUGAUCAGGCAGGAUGCCCGACAGAUCCGGCGACCUUCCCCGCGCUGUCGAAAGAUCCAACGGACAAUCGUUCUUUAAUUGCACCAUUCACUGCCUUUAAAUUUCCCGACAGUCAAAUAGUCCGGUUUAACGUUAUUGUUAAGUUCUGUUUCGAGGAGUGUCAGCCAACAACAUGCAGAGGAGGACAGAUCUCGUAUGGCAGGAGACGACGAUCGAUCGAGCAAACGACGGUCGCCAACGAGACAACGGAAAUUUUCAGGAAUCUCACGCCCACGGAAAUGCCGUUACAACUGUCUAUCGUUGUUCAAAGUCCGGUGAUAACGGCGGACCAUUUGAUGUCCAGGGACAAUUCGGCUCCUGACACGGUGCUACUCGCCGGCGAAAGAUCCAUAGACGGCCUCUUUUGCGUGGAUGCAAGUCUGGCUUUGGGUCUUUUGAUUUUCUGGCUGAUCAUUCAAAUUGUACUUACCGUUGGUUGCCUCCUGACAGUUGGCCGAUACAGACGAAUGGCUGUGGAGGCAGAGGAGGACCGAGCCGAGAUAUUGGCGAGGCAUCUUUACGGGAUUCACGGAGGAAACUUUGAGAUUGCACGACGAGUUAGAUGGGCCGAUCGAAACAGCUCCUCGAUCGGAUGAUCGCUCAUCGUUCUCACAAACGAUUGAUUUCACAAACGAGAACGGAUCUGCGUCUCAUGAUCAAAGUAUUAUAGCUCCGAGAAGGGAGACUCUUCGCUUUCUUUUUUAUGUGCUUAAGAUGCAUAUUUAAACUUGGCAAUAAAGUAUUAUGCUUUUUCUAGUACGUGAA